AUGUCAACAACUCUUUGCCAAAUGAUGGGGUUCAUGCUGUCCACCCUGGGAUUUGCAGGGUGCAUUGCUGCCACAGGGCUAGACAUGUGGAGCACCCAGGACUUAUAUGACAACCCAGUCACAUCUGUGUUCCAGUAUGAAGGGCUUUGGAGGAGCUGUGUGAAGCAGAGCUCUGGUUUAACUGAGUGCCGACCAUAUUACACUAUUCUUGGUCUUCCAGCUAUGUUGCAAGCUGUGAGAGCCCUAAUGAUUGUAGGCAUUGUCCUGGGUGCCAUUGGACUUCUGGUAUCCAUCUUUGCCCUGAAAUGUAUUCGAAUUGGCAACAUGGAUGACUCUGCCAAGGCCAAAAUGACUCUGACAUCUGGAAUCAUGUUCAUUGUGUCAGGUGUUUGUGCUAUUGCUGGAGUGUCUGUUUUUGCAAAUAUGCUGGUCACUAACUUCUGGAUGUCCGCAGCUAACAUGUACUCAGGAAUGGGUGGAAUGGUACAGACAGUUCAGACCAGGUACACCUUUGGUUCUGCUCUCUUUGUUGGCUGGGUUGCUGGAGGCCUUGAUGUGAUUGGAGGCAUUAUCAUGUGCAUUGCUUGCCGUGGACUGGCCCCUGAGGAAACCCAUUACAAGGCUGUGUCCUAUAAUGCCUCAGGUCACAAUGUUGCUUACAGAACAGGAGGCUACAAAACUAGCACUAUCUAUGAUUCCAAAAUGAAAACCAAAAAUGAGGAUGAGGCACAAUCACAUCCUUCCAAAUAUGACUAUGUCUAAGGAUCCAUUAUACGAUGUGUGGAAGAAGAAAAAUCACAUCACAUGGGUACUAAGGAAAUUAUACAGAGACUUCCUUAUUUCUUUUGGCUGGAUUUAGUUGGUUGAAUAUUAGGAAGUCAUUAAUUUCAUCUACUGGUUGUCAUGCAAUAUAGCCUAAGAUAUAUUACAUGGUUCUUUAUUCCAUUACAGUAUACUUUGUAUAAAAGUUAUUAAGAAUAUUGGCAACAGUUAUUAUAUUUGCAUUCUGUUUCUUUUUUAAUAGGAGAGUUUUUUUCUAUUAUUUAGUUGGGGGGGG